AUGAUCAGGCGGCCGCCCACUGCCAUCACACUGCAGCAGUCAGAGGUCGAGGAGCUCAAAGCCGAGAGAAUCGCCCAGGGCGGCGACGAGGAGUCCACGACCAGGGGCGAGGACACAACCCACGAGCAUCACCAGCUCGAUGAUUCUAGGCAGCAGUCUGGCGCCGGGUUGGGAUCAGGCACAGCAUCAGGAAGAGAAGGACCAGCAUACGAUCAGGGCCAAGGAGAAGCAGAGCAUCCUGCCGACCAACAGGCACGCGAGCGGCAGCAAAUGUCGAGACGGGAGCGCAUCGGCAUCAUCUGA